GUCCAUCAUACUAAUGUAGUACCUAGGUUAGAGUAUUAUACUACGCAGGCGGCAGUACAAUACAAUUUACCAUUUACAUCCAUACUACUAUCAUAGAUAUAUAUUCAUAUGUAUGUAGAGGCUCUCGGACAAUAUAUCUCGCUCUGAUUUUUGAUAACUUGAUAUGGCUUCAAUAAAGCCUACGCAUUUAGAAAGGACAGCUACUGAGCCUCGAGAAAAGUCUCUCCACACCGUUACCCUAUCCGAGAUCAAGCAGGUCAACGACCAGGUUAGGCUCUUCCGCCUAGCACUUGCCGCCCCCAUUCGGUUCCUGCCCGGGCAAUGGGUGGACUUGUUCAUACCCGGCAUAUCCAAGGCUGGGGGUUACACCAUUACCUCAUCGCCAUCGAAGGCGUUCCCUUCCCCAUCGGGAGGUGCCCAGUCUAGUUGUACUUCUGCCUGCUACCUGGAGCUCGCGGUGCAAAAGUCGUCCGAUCCGCCAGCUGCAUGGCUAUGGCAAGAUGCGGAUGCCAUCAUUUUUGCUGAACUACAGAUCCGAAUUGGCGGAAGCUUUGUCUGGCCACCGCCCGGCAUAAACAUCCGUUCCCUGCGCCGCGUCGUCUUCGUUGCUGGCGGCGUUGGCAUCAACCCCCUCAUGAGCAUGCUGAGUAGCCUGGCCGAGAACCCAGACGAAGAAUGCUGCCCCUUUGAGGUGCGAUUCUUGUAUUCCUUGAAGCAGGACACUGCUACUGGCUCCUCUGCCAUAGGGCCUAGGACUGAACGUCUGCUGUUCCUCGACAGGCUGGGAUCUAUCUUUGGCUCUGGAAAGGUGAAAGGCGAGCUACAGCUCUUCCUGACGAACGGAAGGGAAGAAGAAGACCAGGAAGGUGUCGUGUCGUGCGGCACCAAGAAAGCUAACAGCGUGCCAUUUUGUAGGCGGAGAAUGACUGUGGGCGAUGUGGCCGCUGCUAUCGGCAAUGCGUCAGAGAGGCGGUUUGCCGUCGUAUACAUUUGUGGCGUGCCCACUAUGACUGAUGAAUUCGUCCAGACGCUCACUGAACUAAAGCACGGGCUAAGAAUUGAGCCACACCAUGUGCUGUGCGAAAAGUGGUGGUAGCUGACUUGAGAGCCUUGCUCCUGGCUCCUGGCUGGGGUGGUAAAAUAAG